UCCAUAUGACUCAUGCAACAUCUGUAUGGGCAGUUUAUAUGUGUUCGGCUAUCUAUCUUCUCUCCCCAGCCUCUAACCCCAGUCCUUGUUCAUUGACUGCACAGCUAUAAACUUGGAAGAUCCUGAGCUCGUCUGUCUUCAUCGAUCUUCUCCAUGGAAAUUUCAUUCUACUACUGCUUCUUGCUCUUCUUGAUUCUCCGUUUCUUCUCUAAACAUCUUCUCCACAUCAACAAGAACCUCCCACCAAGUCCUGGUCCCUCCCUGCCCAUCAUCGGUCAUCUCCACCUCUUCAAGAAACCCCUCCACCGAACUUUUGCGGACCUUUCCGACAAAUAUGGUCCAGUUCUAUAUCUCAAGUUUGGGUCUCGUCCUGUCAUCCUCGUGUCAUCCCCUGAUGCUGCAGAGGAAUGCUUCACUAAGAACGACAUAAUUUUUGCAAACCGUCCUCGACUUCUUGCCGGAAAACACCUUGGUUAUGGUUACACCACCCUUGUCUGGGCCUCCUACGGCGAUCACUGGCGCAACUUAAGGCGAAUAGCUUCUCUUGAACUCUUAUCAUCUAAUCGCCUGCAGAUGUUCUAUAAUAUUCGUCUUGAAGAGGUCAGAUCAUUGGUUCGCUGGCUUUUUAGGCAAUCAAAAGAUGGUGAAUUCGUGACUGUGGACAUGAAAUCAAUGUUCUUUAAGCUUACACUCAAUGUUAUGAUGAGGAUGAUCGCCGGAAAGCGCUAUUAUGGAGAAAGCUUGACAGAGUUGGAUGAAGAAAGGAGGUUUAAAGAAAUAGUGACAGAGACUUUUGAAUUGAGUGGAGCUACGAAUAUUGGAGAUUUCUUGCCUGUUAUGAAGUGGAUUGGAUUAAAUAAGAUGGGGAAGAGGCUAGAAGAUUUGCAAAGAAAGAGGGAUGGAUUGAUGCAGGAGCUGAUUGAAGAGCACAGAAGAUCAAAGGGCAAUUCUGCUUCUGCGAAGAAGGAUAAGACCAUGAUUGAUGUGUUGCUGGGGCUUCAAGAAAAUGAACCUCAAUACUAUACAGAUGAUAUAAUCAGAGGCAUGAUGCAAGUUCUGUUAUCAGCUGGGAGUGACACUUCUGCUGGAACAAUGGAGUGGGCACUGUCACUUCUGCUAAAUAAUCCAGAGGCCCUGGUGAAAGCCAGGGCCGAAAUUGUCAAAAACACAGGGGAAACUAAGUUCAUCGAAGAGUCGGACCUCUCCGAGCUCCUCUAUCUCCAAGGCAUCAUUAAUGAGACCCUCCGAAUGCGCCCAGCUGCUCCACUGCUAGUACCUCACGAGUCAUCAGAGGAGUGCACCGUAGGAGGUUUCCAUGUCCCACAAGGCACAAUGUUAUUGGUAAACAUGUUUGCUAUACAAAAUGAUGCCAAAUUCUGGGAAGAGCCCACAAAGUUUAAGCCAGAGAGGUUCCAAGCUUUAGAGGCAAAAAAGGAGAAGGGAUACAUUUUAUUGCCAUUCGGAGCUGGGAGGAGGGGAUGCCCUGGAGAGGGCCUAGCCAUGAGGAUGGUUGGAUUGGCAUUGGGAACUCUACUGCAAUGCUUUGAGUGGGAAAGGGUAGGUGAGGAGAUGGUGGAUAUGAAGGAAGGCAGUGGGCUCACUUUGCCUAAGGCUCAGCCCUUGCUUGCUAAAUGUAGACCAUGUCCGACGAUGGUCAACCUCCUUUCUCAGUCUUAGGUUGUGGAAAAUUUUAUAUUUCAACAGCUGCUCAUAUUUGUCAUUUAUAAUUGUAUUUGAUCUCUUCUUUCCAUCAGAAUUAUCGAAACCUGAUGAGACAUUGUUAUUUACUUCACAAGGAACUGAUUGUUUCUGCCAUUUCUUUGUGAGAUGUUAUUCAUCGAGCUGUAAGACCUUUCUUCUGUACGUAACUUGAAGCCAACUCUGAGAAUUGGCCCUGGAAUUAGAUGUUAAUGAAGUUUCACAUUUUUGUUAAGAAUAAAAAUUCGCAUGCUUAAGAUGGAUCU